UCUGGUUUGGUCCUGUCAAGCUAGCACAGCUAAACGUUAGCAAACCGUUUUACUGCGAAAAACAACGGCAACGGAGAUUUUGAAAAAGAAGCGUAUUGUAAGAAAUAUGCGUAUAACGAUGUAACCGGUAGCUAGACGAUUACAUUCGUAACCGAAUGUUGGCACAAGAGUGUGUGUUAGAGUAUUUUUCGUGGCGUUGUUUUUGUUGACAACACCGCACCCACAUUCAUUCUUCCCAGUGUAACAAACUAGCUAGUUGCUAGCUAAUGUUAGCUUUUUGCAUUAGGUCUAGCUAUAUUGUAGUAGGCAGUCGUGACAAAUAUACCGUUUUGCUAUUAGAAUCCUGGUGUUAUUAGCUAGCUAAAUCAUGACUGGGGAGAAGAUUCGUUCGUUGCGGAAGGACCACAACAAACAGAAUAAAAAUGACGAUAUUAUGGAAUCCUAUGAUGCAUCUUCAAACGGGACCAGUAAUGCAUUUAAAUCAAACAAGGGUUUUCAACAGUACCAUAACAAAUCACAGCAACAAAUAUCAAAUAUCAAUGUCAACAACGUACACGCGAAUUCAUCUCAUGGAACUAUCGUUGAUGAUAACAAAAAUCCCAUCAUUUUGACAAAUGGGGAGUUCGAAUUCCCUGUUCACGAAUGUGUGUUCAAAGGAGACGUGCGUCGCUUAUCUUCACUCAUUCGGACCCAGAACAUCUCCCAAAAAGAUGUACAUGGGAACACACCACUCCACUUAGCAGUGAUGUUGGGCCACAAAGAGUGUGCCCUCCUGCUGUUGGCCCAUAAUGCCCCUGUGAAGGUGAAGAAUGCUCAGGGGUGGAGUCCCCUAGCAGAGGCCAUAAGCUAUGGCGACAGACAGAUGAUCACAGCCAUCCUGAGGAAGCUCAAGCAGCAGUCCAGGGAGAGCGUGGAGGACAAGAGGCCCAAGCUGCUGAAGGCCCUGAGGGAGCUCGGAGACUUCUACCUGGAGCUUCACUGGGACUUUCAGAGCUGGGUGCCCCUGCUGUCCCGGAUCCUUCCGUCGGACGCGUGCAAGAUCUACAAGCAGGGGAUCAACAUCAGACUGGACACCACCCUGAUCGACUUCACCGACAUGAAGUGUCAGAGGGGGGACCUGAGCUUCAUCUUCACGGGCGACGCCCCGCCCGCCCAGUCCUUCGUGGUCCUGGACAACGAGCAGAAGGUGUACCAGCGCAUCCACCACGAGCAGGAGUCGGAGAUGGAGACGGAGGAGGAGGUGGACAUCCUGAUGAGCAGCGACGUGUACUCCGCCACGCUCUCCACCAAGUCCAUCAGCUUCUCCCGCAGCCAGAUCGGCUGGCUCUUCAGAGAGGACAAGACGGAGAGGGUGGGGAACUUUGUGGCGGACGUGUACGCGGUGAACGGCCUGGUGCUGGAGUCCAGGAAGAGACGCGAGCACCUGAGCGAGGAGGACAUCCUGAGGAACAAGGCCAUCAUGGAGAGCCUGAGCAAAGGGGGCAACCUGGUGGAGCAGAACUACGAGCCUGCCAGGAGGCCGUCCCUCACUGCCCCGGCCCCCAACACCAUCUCCUGGGAGGAAUACAUCUCCGCAGAGCACGGGAAACCACCCCAUCUUGGGAGAGAGUUGGUGUGCAAGGAGAGCAAGAAGAACUUCAAAGCCAAUGUGGCCAUGAGCCAAGACUUCCCCCUGGGCAUCGAGUCAUUACUGAAUGUGCUGGAGGUGAUCGCUCCAUUCAAGCACUUCAACAAACUCCGAGAGUUUGUUCAGAUGAAACUUCCUCCCGGGUUCCCUGUCAAACUGGACAUCCCUGUGUUCCCCACCAUCACGGCCACCGUCACCUUCCAGGAGUUCCGCUACGACGAGUUCGACGAGUCCCUGUUCUCCAUCCCAGCUGAUUACAAGGAAGACCCCAGUCGCUUCCCUGACCUCUGACCUGGGGGAUCUUUGUAGAGGUGACCCCGACCUCCCGCUUCGACAGAGAGAUGAAAUCUUUCUACGCUGAAGGAAAUAACCAACUAAAGACGAAGAACAGGAAAGAAGUGGAAUUCUAUUAUCACGUUUUAUGUCUGUGUGUUCCGAUAAAAAGGGAAUGGUCCUUUUAGUUUGAGUUUUUGUAGAAAUCUUUAUCUAAUCAAUGCAAACACAUGAUGUAGCGCAACAUGACUUUGGAAUCACAUGGGAAACGAGACAUGGGGGGGGGGAGAAAAGUUAAAUAAAAAAACAUGUCACUGAAGAUACAGCUUUGAUUUCACCUACAGGACCACUACUCUCCCUGCAGCACUCCUGUGGGCAGUGGGGAAGCUUGGCUGGAUCUUGUAUUCCAAGAUAACUCCCACCUUUUCACGACACCUUGUAGUACCGUACUCUUGAAAGUGCACUGACAUUUAGCGUCUGUAAAUUGAAACACUAUAUAUGACUUAAGGAAAAUAGCGUUAGAAAUAAACAUAUGCCAUAUUGAACUGAGCUUACUUUUUCAUGUGUAAAGGAUGUACCUAAUGUACAAUUUAGUCAAAGGAGCAACACUGUGUAGCAAUAGAUUUCAAGAACAUAAGAAUGUUUUUUUUAACCAGUUUGGGAGAAAUAAUGGUGUUAAAAACUUCUUACAAGAUCAAUACCCCAAGCCUUUUUUGUGGUGCAGGAUGAACACACCUGCAUUUUCAGGUUAGCUCAUGUUACCUCCUGGCUGUCACCCUUUGUCAAUAGUAAUCGUUUGAAUGUAUCUGUUCUGUGUGAGUGCGGUCCAACUAGUUCGAGGGUAGUUUGUAUGUCUACAUGUGUGAGUGUGUUCAUGUGCAAACCCAGAUGCGGGGUAUCAGGAACACUUCUAGUUUGAUACUGCACAGUUGUUAAUGUAUUGAACGCAUGCUAUGGUUGUCCCAUUUAAUUACAAAUAUAUCCUCAAGCUAUAUUUCUUACUCGAUUAUAUUUAUCUUCUGUAUAGAUUCUAAAGACCAAACGCUAACAUUUUCAGUUCUACUCAGCCCACUUCACAGCUUCAGUAUGACACUCUUCUUAUAGACAAGUUUGUUUUGUUAGAUAUAUACUGUGAAAUGAUACUGUGAAACCAACCUUGCGAUAUGUUCUAUAAGUGUCCAGCAGUAAGUAAUGACUUGGCUCAUCAAGAUGUCUGGCUUGGGCUUUGCUGGUCUUUCAUGUAAUGCAGCUUUACCAACCUUGACAUCCCUUUAAAUAAAGCACCAGCACCAUG